CACUGGAUUUUUCCAACAUCUCCAUCUUCAUCUAUGUAAAUUUUCAUUUCAGUGGCCUAGCCAGUUCGAGUGUGACUGUGAAUACCGUAACAGUCGGACAUAAUUUAUUACCUAGGCAAAAUAAUAAUUGUAUUAGAUACUAGUGAGUGUGAUUGACAAUGGUAAAUGACUAAGUGGAAUCACUUGUGACCACACAAUCACAAAAUUAACCUAUAGUUUCUCCGAUUAAUUCCAUUUCUCUAUCUUACUCUCUCUGUUCUAAAUUCCCCAUUGGAAAAUGGCAAUCUCAAUUUCACAGCUUAUCCCUUCACCAACAUCUCCGUUUUGUUUAAACCUCACUCCAUUUUCCUUAAACCCUAAAAUUCCAUCCUCAACACCUACGCCGCCGCAUCUUAAUGUUCUCAACCACUAUCGCCGCCGUAAAGCUACUUCCCUCCACCGAUGCUCAGCGUCGUCUUUCUCGGAGAAGCACCAUGCUAACUCUCCUAAAUCAGAUGAUAUUGUUGAACUCCCUCUUUUUCCUCUUCCUUUGGUUCUCUUCCCUGGCGCAAUCCUCCCUCUCCAGAUCUUCGAGUUUCGCUACCGUAUCAUGAUGCACACUCUCCUCCACACAGAUCUCCGAUUCGGCGUCAUCUACACCGACGCCGUUUCCGGAACAGCUGAAGUCGGUUGCGUCGGAGAAGUCAUAAAACACGAACGACUCGUGGAUGACCGGUUCUUCUUAAUCUGCAAAGGACAGGAGCGUUUUCGUGUCACGAAAGUCGUUCGCACGAAACCCUACCUGGUGGCGCGUGUCGCGUGGCUCGAAGAUAGACCUUCUCCUUCUGCUGACGUGGACGUUGACGGUUUAGCAAACGAAGUGGAGACGUAUAUGAAAGACGUUAUUCGGUUAUCCAAUCGGUUGGGAGGAAAAGCAGAGAAAGAUGUUGGAGAUUUGAGGAGGAACUUAUUUCCAACGCCGUUUUCGUUCUUUGUUGGAAGCACGUUUGAAGGAGCGCCGAGAGAGCAACAAGCUCUGUUGGAAUUGGAGGAUACUGGUGCAAGAUUGAUGAGGGAGAAGGAAACAUUGAAGAAUACGCUGAAUUAUCUUUCUGCUGCUUCUGCUGUUAAAGACGUUUUUCCCUCUUCUCCUUCUUCUUCGUCUUCCUCGUGAUCGUGCCUUUCACGGAUUCAAUCCAAUGCCGCCGCAAAUAGUUUAGUUUGGAAACGAAUCUUAAACAAAGACACAUGAAAGGUAUCGUUUGCAUGGGAUAUAAUGGGAAAAAGUUGUAAAUUCUCCCAACUGUAAUUUUUCAUCAUGUCGUCUGCUUAUUUGAUUUUUGAGUGACGCAUUUUAUAUAGAAUGACGAUGAUACUUUAUAGUAGUAGAUACGAUUUCCCAAUUCAAGUAAUGGAUGCUUAUUUGCUUAGGCUAUGGA